GAGCUUUAGCGGAAGUGGUACUGCCCAGAGCGAGUGAAGAACGAGGAGGACGGACACUCCAACUAUAGCUUUCAGAUCUUAAAAAGCGGGAGUAGACGCCAUUAAACUCUGACCAUGGACAAGAGCGACUUGGUGACGAAAGCCAAGCUGGCUGAACAGGCAGAGCGCUAUGACGAUAUGGCCGCCGCCAUGAAGGAAGUGACGGAACGCGGGGGCGAGCUCUCCAACGAAGAGCGCAACCUGCUUUCCGUGGCCUAUAAGAACGUGGUCGGUGCACGCCGCUCCUCCUGGCGCGUCAUCUCCAGCAUCGAGCAGAAGACCGAGGGCAACGAGAAGAAGCUGGUGAUGGCCCGCGAGUACCGCGAGAAGAUUGAGACUGAGCUACAGGAUAUCUGCAAUGAUGUUCUGGGUCUCUUGGAAAAGUUUCUUAUUCCCAAUGCCAGUCAAGCUGAGAGCAAGGUGUUUUACCUGAAGAUGAAAGGCGAUUAUUAUAGAUACCUGUCUGAGGUUGCAUCUGGAGAGUCCAAGACCUCUACGGUUGACAACUCUCAGAAGGCUUACCAGGAUGCGUUUGAGAUCAGCAAGAAAGACAUGCAGCCGACACACCCCAUCCGGCUGGGUCUGGCUCUCAACUUCUCAGUCUUCUAUUAUGAGAUCCUGAACUCUCCUGAGAAGGCCUGCCACCUUGCUAAGACGGCCUUUGAUGAAGCCAUCGCUGAGCUUGACACCUUAAGCGAGGAUUCAUACAAAGACAGCACGUUAAUCAUGCAGUUACUAAGGGACAAUCUCACUCUGUGGACGUCAGAACACCAGACUGAAGAUGCGGAAGCAGGCGACGGAGAGAACUAGAGGAGCCACACUGAUCCCCCAAAACACCCGCACACACACAUCCCCCUAUCUUACUUAACAAAAUAAAAUACACAAAUGGCUUCCUCCACCUUCCCCCCCUCCCAUCUUGCUUUCUAUCCUCCAUUCUUCUCUAUUCAUCACCCAGCUCCCUGUCCCCUACCAAACAUCGCAAGACGCACCCGAAGCAAGACACACACUGACGCCUCUCACGCAGGCCCCGGCGGCAGGGAUUUGGGGGUCUCGCAGGGUGACAUGCCAAUAUCGACAGGUCCAAUUCUUUUGUUUGUGAAUUAAUGUGCUUGUACCGAAUCCAUAGUUGUAUGUAAACAAGUGUGUGAGUGCGAGCGAGAGUUGAGCAUGACUGAGUGUGAGUGAGAGUUUGACAUUAAGUGUGCGUGUGUGUUUUGGUGUCGGGGUGGUUAUAAACUCUAAUAGUCCUUCCUAAUGAUUCCCAUUUUUUCCACCUUAGCUGGUUGUGCAUUUUCAUCCUUAUUUUUUGUUACGGAUUUUUUUUUUGUGUAAUUCGUCAUGGUAUUUGCAGGUUUUAUUGUAUGGUUAUUAAACUGGCAGUUUAUUUUCACCAAACUGAA